GAAAGUAGUUUUAGCUUUUUGGGUUUUUAGCGUUACUUCUGAAUUCAGAAAAUUUUCUGAGAAAUGCUUCCAUUAAGGGAUAGGAUUAAGGUGUUUAUCAAUAACCGAUGGCUUGUGUUUGUGGCGGCAAUGUGGAUUCAAUCUUGCGCUGGAAUUGGGUACUUGUUUGGGAGUAUUUCGCCAGUGAUAAAGGCCUCUCUGGGCUACAACCAGAAGCAGCUUGCGAGGUUGGGAGUGGCGAAGGAUCUUGGGGAUAGUGUUGGAUUCCUUGCAGGCAGUUUGUGUGAAGUAUUGCCGCUUUGGGGGGUUCUACUCAUCGGUGCUCUUCAGAAUUUUGUUGGGUAUGGAUGGGUUUGGCUCAUCGUAACUAAUGGAGUUCCGACGAUGCCUUUAUGGGUGAUGUGUAUUCUUAUAUUUGUGGGAACAAAUGGCGAGACCUAUCUCAAUACAGCAGCUCUAGUUUCAUGCGUGCAGAACUUCCCCAAAAACCGGGGUCCUGUGGUGGGGAUUCUGAAGGGGUUUGCUGGGUUGGGUGGUGCAAUUUUGACCCAGAUAUAUGCUAUGAUCAAAGUUCCUGAUGAAGCAGCGAUCAUCUUCAUGGUUGCCGUUGGGCCAACCAUGGUGGUUAUAACGCUGAUGCUCCUUAUUAGACCUGUUGGAGGUCACAGACAGUGUCGGCCAUCUGAUGAUCUGAAUUUCACAUUUAUUUACAGUGUCUGCCUCCUUUUGGCUGCUUAUUUGAUGGGGGUCAUGAUUGUUGAAGAUACUGUCGAUCUGAACCACACUGUGAUCACCUUGUUCACAAUUUUGUUGUUUGUCCUCCUAUUGCUUCCUAUUGUAAUUCCCAUCCUAUUGAGCUUUUCUUCAGAGCAGAGACCCAUUGAAGAGAGCCUUCUCCCUGUGCCUCAGAAAGAAGAAUCUAGCAAAUCUGGCCACGAUGUAAAUGAGGUUAUUUUCAGUGAGCUGGAGGAUGAGAAACCAAUGGAAGUAGACUUGCUUCCUGCAUCAGAGAGGCAAAAGAGAAUUGCGCAGUUGCAAUCAAAACUGUUCCAAGCAGCUGCAAAAGGGGCAGUGAGAGUCAAGAGAAGGAAAGGUCCACAUAGAGGGGAGGAUUUUACAUUGAUGCAGGCAUUGAUAAAGGCAGACUUUUGGCUUAUUUUUCUCUCCCUUUUAUUGGGUUCAGGUUCUGGUUUGACUGUGAUUGAUAAUCUCGGUCAGAUGAGUCAAUCUUUAGGGUAUGAAAAUACACAUGUAUUUGUAUCCAUGAUCAGCAUAUGGAACUUUCUUGGCCGUAUCGGUGGUGGUUACUUCUCUGAAAUCAUCGUAAGGGAUUAUGCAUAUCCAAGGCCAGUGGCCAUGGCUGUAGCUCAAGGCAUCAUGGCAGUUGGGCACUUCUUCUUUGCUAUGGGGUGGCCUGGUGUAAUGUAUGUUGGUACCCUGUUGAUUGGACUAGGUUAUGGAGCUCAUUGGGCAAUCGUUCCAGCAACAGCCUCUGAGUUGUUUGGCUUGAAAAAGUUUGCGGCUCUGUACAAUUUCCUCACAUUGGCAAAUCCUGCUGGAUCACUGCUCUUCUCUGGUCUCAUUGCUAGCAGCAUAUAUGAUUAUGAAGCAGAGAAGCAAGCUCAGAUGCAUUAUCAGCCACACCAGAAUUCGUAUUCUCUCCAUAGGAUGCUUGACGUAGCACUUGGAGUGGAAAAUACAUUGAAGUGCAAGGGUACCAUAUGUUUUUUCUUUACUUCCCUGAUAAUGUCUGGACUUUGCAUCAUUGCAGUAGUCUUGAGUUUGAUUCUUGUCCGUCGCACCAAGAUUGUCUACACACACCUCUACGGAAAAUCACGUACUUAACAGAGUUUGAAAGAGAGUAUUAGUCUUCUAAAUAUAUUUGUCAGUGAUGAAAGUGCUACUUGAUCUGUUCCCCAUGGUGGCCUUGUCAUUGCUUAUAUAAAGUUGUGGAGAUUCCUCCUAUGUACCUGCAUUGUUUGGAAAGAAAUCUUAUCUUUGUCAGGGGAAGAAGCAGCCGAUGUCCGCUUCGUCUCCAGAAUGACAAGCAAUGACCAAAAAAGGGGUUUAUAUAUCUCUUAGGAAGUUUAGAGUUUAAUUUUGUUAGGCCAACUCAUGUAAGUGGUACAAAUGUUGAAUUGAUUUUCUGUGUUAUUUCAGAAAUCUCUGCUUGUGAGGUUCUGCUUUGUGACUCAUGAGGCUUUUUGUUUUUUUACGUCUUUGGGUCUCAUUCAUCGUGUGUCAUAAGCCUGGAGCUUGUUUAUGUGAUUGAGUAAUUGGAAGUUGGUCCUUAUGGAUCAAA